ACAACAAGAUGGCAACCCCAAAUAGAGCUGUCACUAUUAUCACUCUGGAAUUCAACCUGAUUCUAUUGUAUACUGGUGCUAUCCAAACAUGUACUGUUAAUAUACAACAGCCUUCCUUUCUAGAAGUUGACUACACUUGUAAAACAAUUACUAUACAAUGUGAUUUUUCUGUUAUCAACUGCCCUAAAUCGAACCCUAAAGUUCUAUGGUUUCGCCAAGAUGCUUACCACCAACCUGCAAAUUUGUGUCCAAAUCAAUGCCUAGACAAGGCCGGCAAAUUUACGAUAACUGAAUCACUGACCCAAAAUCAAGCUUCUCUCACCCUAAACACAGUAACUUUAAAUGACAGUGCAAUUUACUUCUGUGGAAUAGCAUUUUCAGAAUCAGAUGAACCAAGGUCUAAGCAAACAGGGCCAGGAACAAUGCUGGUGGUGAGAGGGACUAGACUGCUCAGCCAUGAAGUACAGAAUCUUCUGAUAGCCCUCUUAUCUCUGCUAUCCAUCUAUAUUGCUGCCCUAAGUGUGAUCUUCAUAGUCAUCUCCAAACAGUUAAAAUUGAAAAUGCCAAGGAAAACAGGAACUGAUGAAGAACCACCAAAGAAGAGAAGUGCUCGACAUGUUUUUCAGGAAAUUGCACAAGAAUUAUAUCACAAGAGAUAUGUGGAAACAAAACAACCAGAGAAAGAUGACAUCAUCUAUGAAAAUAGAAGAGCACAUUCCAACUUUUAAAGCUCAGCGAGGACUCUCUUACCUUUUAAAGCACUAGUUUUUCAAUGAAGCCACUGGAAAUUUUAUGCAAGAAGCUAUAUAUGCAGUAAACAACCUACACUGAUUAGAGAUUUUAAAAAUACUUUACAAAGCAACCAAAGCAAAAUUCAAAAAGAUAUCUUAGUAAUUUAAAAACACUUUGAAGAAAACUAACUAUUAUAAUAAAAAAAAACAAAAAGCUAUUUCCUAUCAUGAAUUUAUUAAAAAUUUGAAGAGGUUAAUUUUUUAAAGUCCAUUUAAAAAUUACAUUUCCUGUGUAUCAGUAGCAUUCUACCUAAGUGAGUUUUAAGAAAAUGAAAAAGUAGGUGAAAUAAUAUGACAGAGUCAAGUUAAUUUUGCCAGACAAUGUUAUAAAUGGGCAACUGACUAAACAAUAAAUAUUACAGCAGAGUUCUACAUUUUUAUGGAGGGGAAGGGGUCUAGUUUCAAAGUAUUAACUACAUUGUACCAAAAAGAAACAAGGCAUCCUUCUGUCAGGUAAGUAUGUCUCUGAGUCAAGAAGGUCCAAGUUCAAGUAGUAACUUUGAUGCAUAUAUAUAUAGGAAAGUUGCUAAUUGCUUUCCCUUUACCAAUGGAAUCAUAGGAUAAUAGGAGUAACAGAUCUCAAGCUGCAAUCAUCAAAAUAAUCUGGUACUGGCUAAGAAAUAGAGCAAUAAAUCAGUGGAAUGGAAUAGCUACACAAUACAUAGUAGUAAAUGCCUAUGGAUCCAAGCUUUUGGGAGAAGAAAUCACUAUUUAACAAAAACUGCUGGAAAAACUGG